GAGCUAACCUAGUUUUUUAGUGGACUUCCCCGCUUUCAGACGUAAUUAAGAAAGGAUACGCAUGGGACCAAAGAUCUGUUUGCUGGGUUUGGAUCACUUUUUGAGACGGGCGGAAAGUGUGUGAUGCGUCCUAGCUUGUAAAAGAAGCGAGAACUUGCCUUGCAGUCGGAGUAGUUCUUCUUUCAAUUGUUAUUGUCGCUUUAAAAAUCUUCAAUUCACUCAAACUUUGUUACGACCGCAUCGAAAGUGGGAGAAAAGUGAUUUUGUAUUCGGAACAUGGAACUACAGGGCCUACAAGAGGCGUUGAAAGUAGAAAUCCAAUGUCAUCAGAAUCAGACGAUAUGCAAAAGCCUCAAUGAACUCCAGAAUGGACAGAAGCUGGCGGUCCGGACCUGUCCUGUCGGGACGACCAAGCCGCUGUCCCUCAUCAAGAGCUCCGGCCAGGGCAUUGCCAUCUCUGUGGUGCCAGCCAAAGCCCCUGUUUCUAUGGUUACAGCACACAUUAACGGACAAAAAGUGCCAAGUUCUGAAUCAUUGCAGACAUCCCCCAUCAGCCUCCAAACCAGUAGCCGAGUGGUGGCUGCUAGUGUCCACACGCUGAGCGGCAGGAGAGCAACAGAGCUGCCUCCUUCCCAGAUGUUGGGGACCCUCACUGCUGUGCCUAUCAAGGUGCCUCAAGUCAGCUCUUUGCAUCGGCUGGCAGGACAAGCCGCCACAGUGUUACCUCAGGUCAGGCCAAAGACCCAGAUCCCAGACAGCCUUCCUCACAGUGGUCCCUGCCAGGAGCUCCAGCCUAUCAGCCUGCAGAAGGCCACUGCAGUGGUCAGCCCCAGGAGCCAGGGCCCCACUCUCCCCACCGCCAAUAGCACGCUGAGCCCAGACCAACAGCCAGAGAGGCAGGGGGCCACCUCCCCCCCUCGGCCCACUGUCCACUGCCUCACUGGGACACUGGAGUCCAGCAAUCCUGUGCAGCAUGCUUCAGCAGGUCCUGGUGUAGCGUACGCCAUCAUUGCUGCAUCUCCUGCUGCCACCAACGGAGUGUCAGGCAUCAGCGAGACUGUCAAAGUGCAGCCACUGAUCUUCAGCACUGAAAACAAGGUCAUAAUAAUCCAGUCACAGGUGCCCAACAGCAGUGAGGGGUCCCCUGGAGGCCAAACUGAGUUUUCCUCACAGCAUGAUGUGCCCUCCCCUAAAUCCCCCUCCACAAAGAAAGACGAGGAUCCAGAAAAAGUUGCUUUCAUGGUGGCCCUCGGCCUUGUUACCACAGACCAUCUGGAAGAAAUCCAACUGAAGAGGCAAGAGAGGAAGAGACGAAGCACAGCAAACCCAGCAUACAGUGGCUUGUUUGAACCAGAGCGUAAGCGCCUGGCAUCCCAUUACCUGAACAGCUCUCUCUACCUGACGGCACGAGACUCCGAGGACUUCUGCUGGAAGGAUGACUUGGAGCAUGAUGAACUUUGUGCUGUCUGUAAAGAAGAUGGUGAGGUGCAGCCCUGCCAUAACUGCCCCAGAGUUUUUCACCCCAACUGUCUCCACCCUCCACUCAAAACCCCUCCCAGAGGCCCCUGGUACUGCCCCAAGUGCCAAAAGAAGGUACUGAACAAAGAAAACUUAUCGUGGCCACAAAACUUUGUCCAGUCGUACGUUACACACAAAACUGUGAGGCAGGAGGAGAAGAGGCGGCUGCUGAGGAGGAACAAUGAGCUGAAGAAAGAGUGUGCUCAUCUGGAGGAGGAAGACAAGAAGCUCAAUAAAACCCUCGAGAAAUGCAUGGACACGAGGGAGCGGUUGCUUGAGCAGCAGAGGGACACUCGCGCUUCUCUGGACCGCAUCAAGUCUCUCCUCAGACUCAUCCAGCGCGACCAGGUCAUCCAGGUCACCAUGACAACCACCACCACCCUUGGAGCCUCACUGCUGUCCCAGGCCUGGAUGAAACCCACCAGCACCGCCAUGACCAGCCCUUUGGCCACACCUACCCAGAAGAGCCAUGCUCAGAGCCAGGACAACAACUAGCCCCUCCUGAGGAGCUUUGUCCUGAUGAAAAAAAGCGACAAAAACUGACAAGAGCUUGGAUUUGAAGUAUUUUUUAAAACAGUCACCUACAGUGCUUAUGAGAUUUCUUUUUUAAGUUAUUUUGUAUUUAUUAAUGUUCUUGGCCUUAAUGUAAUUAAUAUCAGAAGAUAGAUUUGAAUGCUGCAGCAGAAAUCUAGAAAGGCUUCUGUGCGGCCUAAAGAUAUGUCCCUUUUUUAAAACACAGGUCUAAUUACUGUUACUGUUGAAUAUAGUGAGAGAGAACUGUAGAGUUAGUUAUAGUGCCAGAAACAAAGGAGCAAUGAACGACUGUACAGUGCUAUAUUCAAGUAGAUGUUCUCAUUCUCCUAUGAAGGUUUUUGCCAUACAAGUUCAGGAUUUCAUUAUGUUUAUAAAUGCAUAUGAGCCUUCAAACAAAACAGAUAAAUAACUUUUUCAGUGUUAAAUAUAGUUAAAGAAAAGUAUUUAAGAGAAGACUACAUAAAUUAGCAUUUCUAGUGAAAAUGUUAGCAUUUUCAUGCUUGCCUAUUGAUACAAAUGUUUGAAGUAUUCAAGGCGAUCACUGUACAUGUUUUAAAACAUUGUCAUCAGGAUUUGUUUCAGUGAUUUUUCUGGAGAUACAUCAAAGUCAUAGGGUCCCUAUUGGGCCACUUGCUUGAAAAGAAACAUAAACGCUAAUAAGAAGUAUUGGCGAAGAAAUUAAAAAGUAGAGCAACAUACAUAUACAGACUUUACCAGUCAAAGUAUUUGGGUACUGUAUUUAACACUAACUCAUUUACUGUCUAUGUUUAACCAAUGAUACAAAUAUACAUUAUUUAUUUGGUAUUAUUUAUCAUAAUACCACCCCGUUUAAUGUAUAGAUUUAUAGCCUGACUCUUAAGAUCUUUGUCAUAAUGCCAAAUUCCUAUUGUUUGUGCAGAGAAAGGAGCAUUCACCAGCAGGGAUUAACAUAACCUUUUUCAACUCAUCACAAACACAUCAAACAGAUGUCCUUAAACCAGUAUCAAAUAUGCCAAAAACCUUUGUUUACUGGAGUCAUCGUACAAUAAUACAUACUGUGCUUUUUCGUUCCCUGCAUUUUCUAUUCAAUAAAUUUUUUACUUGUGUUUUUUGAGAGUUAACAGUGACAUGCUUGUUACAGAUCAACACUGCCUCAAGUGCAAACCCGUAAUGCAGCGGUUUGCCUUUGAUUCUUUUAUAAACGUGAAUCAAAAUGUGACAAACUUGUUUAACUGCGAUCUUUGGCUUUUGAUGGAUGCACGUGGCAGAGACGGUCACUUCCUGGUUUGUCUCAAAGUUUAAACCAGGGGCCGACUUUGUCUCCUUCUCAUCCACGUCUUGCUAGUCUUCCUUAGUCCAGCAGCAUUUUUUGUGAUUUGUAUUUGAUUUUAUAGCUACACCAGAUGUAUGAGACAAAUGCACAAACAUACAAAGACAUUUUUUAAGUUCAGAAAAUGCCUUUAUGGGAGGGAAAUCACUAGAUGUAAUUAAUUUUUUGUUUACAUUAUUCAUUUGAUGUAUUUUUGUCCAAUGUGCAGCUUGCAAGACUCUUGAUCAAAGGCUUUAAAAUGAGUGAGAAAAAAUAGAGUGGUAUACGCAACAAGCAAUAUUAUUAAAACCCUCUAAACACCUUUAUAAUAUGUACUUUUUCAAUUAGCAGCUGCAAAAAUGAAUCAAAAUCAAGCAAAGUGGCUAAAUGAACAUAUUACGUAUUUAGAUGCUGUUAAUACAACUCUGUGCACAUUAUCUAGGUAGUAAUAAACAUUUAUU